CUCUCUUCUCAUUAUGAAUUUGAGAAAAAUUCAGAACAAAACUCACUUUCGCUCCUUCGUUUCCAUCGAACAAAAAAAUCUUUACUUUUUUAUUUACUCCCUUGCUCGCUUUUUCUUGUUCUUCCCUCCAUUACGAUUUUCGAUUGCGGUUUUGCCAUUUUUGUGAAUGCUGUGAAAUUCGGCUCUGUGGGGUCUAGAUUCUGCAAUCUAUUUCUGGUUUCUUCUUACGUUUUUUGUAAAACUUUUGGUGCGGUGAUUCUUUUCGCUUUUGGUGAUUGAGAUUGUUAAUGCAUGUUGAGUCUCUGAGUCAAGGGAUCACAGAGAAAGAUGAAAGCUGUUGCUGGCAAACUGAUUAGCAUUACAGCUCUUGUUCCUACUCAAAAUGCCUCUGCCCUAAAUCUUGAGGAGCUAAAGACGACACUUGUUUCUAAAGCAACAUCAUUAUCCAAAACGGCACUCAAAGUUCUUCUUUGCAAACGAGAUAAACUAACUCUUGAGCAGCGGUACAUAGAAGACGAGAUUGCUAAAUGCGAUGAAUGCAUCAAGAAUAUCAAAGGUACUUACUUUCCAUUUUCUGCCACAGCUCUCUCAUUACAUGAACUUGUUGAACGCUUCUCGUGGGGGUUGGGUGUUAUAGGUGAUUGGGAGCUGCAACUAGAAACGGUUCUCCAGAGCUGUAACGAGACGUACCCGAGGCGUAUCCUCCAAGAACCUCCUGACAAGUCAGCAUGCCAAAGCAACAAGAGGGUGAAGCUCUGUGAACCUCUUCCUUCUACCAAAACUAUGUGUCAGAAACUCGAUGAUAUCUGCCUCGAUAAUAACUGGGUUUUACCACACUAUCAUGUGUCUCUAUCAGAAGAUGGAUUUGAAGCUGAAGUAAGAAUAAAUGAGACUCAUUUCGCGUAUACAAUCUGUGGAGAGGAAAAGCCUGAUGCUGAGGAAGCUAAGGAAUCCGCGGCGGCUUGCUUGCUAACUAAGUUACAAGACAACACAAGAGCCAACUAUCUUGUGGAAGAUGAUGCUAGGAAAUGUGAUAUGAAUGAAGCUGUGUCCAAAGUGAGUAAACCCGGUGAAACCUCAGCAGAAGCUGCGCUAACAUCGGAGAAGCAAAGUAGUCUUCCGCUUCAAACAGCAGAUGGGAAUCUCACCGACAACAUGUACACAGCCUUGAGGAGGCUUCGCUUGUUACUUGUAAAGGAAUCCCCUGACGGUAUCAUGGCAAGUCAUAUAUUCGGCAAUGCAACGCUUCAGCAGAUAAGCGAAAAAAUCCCGAGAACCAAAGAGGAACUCCUCGAGAUAAAUGGCCUCGGCAAGGACAAAGUAAGCAAGUACGGUGAUCGGUUGUUGGAAACAAUAGAAUCAACGCUCAACGAGUACCAUGCAAGCAAUAAGAAAGAGCCCGUGGAGUAGGUAUAUGGGCAUGGGCAUGGAGAAGCUUCAUUUUGAGUUUGAAGGCAUAAGAUGGAUCGGAGAUAUACGACGUACGUUGUGAGCUCUGUUGAAUAUUAAUUGUAAGGGGUUUUUGCUGCACUUUUUAACUUAACUCCUAUGGCCUACUCGGAUGUUCAGUAGAUUGCAGAAUUAAACUUUUUAUUACAUGUUUGAGUUCUUCGUUAUGAUCUUUAUAAGAAAACUCACAUGUCUUUGUACCCAUUUCAAUCUUUUAAAUAUAAUCAUAUAUUGUCAACACAUAUUCA